AUGGUGAUCCCCUUCAUGUGUGAAAUGGGAAAAAACACCACUGUAACAAAAUACAGCCAAGCACACUCCACCCCCGCUUCAGUGUCGCACAGUCCUAUCACAGUGGAUGGACACGACAUAAAGUCCCUUAAUCUGAGACGAUACCGAGAAUUCAUUGGUGUAGUCAGUCAGGAACCUGUUCUGUUUGGGACAACAAUUAGAAACAAUAUAAGAUAUGGUCGAGAGGAUGUAACUGAUGAAGAAAUUGAGAAUGCAGCAAAAGAAGCAAAUGCUUACGAUUUUAUCAUGGAGUUUCCUGAUAAAUUCAAUACCCUUGUAGGAGAAAGAGGAGCACAGAUGAGUGGUGGCCAGAAGCAGAGAAUAGCCAUAGCUCGAGCUUUGGUUCGCAACCCUAAAAUUCUCUUGUUAGAUGAGGCCACAUCUGCCCUGGAUACAGAAAGCCAGCAAAGGUCGAACCACUCUUGUAAUAGCUCAUCGGCUUUCCACCAUUCGGACUGCAAAUGUAAUAGUGGCCAUAGCGGAUGGUGCUGUGGCUGAAGUAGGAAC